AUGGCCGCCCACGUCGCAAAGAAGGCGAAGAAGGGCGCGCAGCCGAAGGUCGCGCUCGUGACGGGCGUCACGGGCCAGGACGGCUCCUAUCUGACCGAGUUCCUGCUCGAGAAAGGCUACGUCGUCCACGGCAUCAUCCGGCGGUCGUCGUCGUUCAACACGGGCCGCAUCGAGCACAUCUACAAGGACAUGCACGCCGACGACGUGCGGCUCUUCCUCCACUACGGGGACCUGACGGACAGCAGCAACCUCUUCCACAUCAUCAGCGAGGUCAAGCCCGACGAGAUCUACAAUCUGGGCGCGAUGUCGCACGUCAAGGUGUCCUUCGAGAUGAGCGAGUACACGGCGGAGGCCGACGGCAUCGGCACGCUGCGGCUCCUCAACGCCGUGCGCUCCGCGGGCCUCGAGAAGAGCUGCCGCCUCUACCAGGCGUCCACCUCGGAGCUCUACGGCAAGGUGCAGGCGAUCCCGCAGACGGAGACGACGCCCUUCUACCCGCGGUCGCCCUACGGCGUCGCGAAGCAGUACGCCUACUGGAUGCUGGUCAACUACCGCGAGGCCUACGGCAUGCACCUCACGAACGGCAUCCUCUUCAACCACGAGUCGCCGCGGCGCGGCCCGACGUUCGUCACGCGCAAGAUCACGCGCGCCGUCGUCCGCAUCAAGGCCCAGCAGCAGAAGACGCUCUACCUCGGCAACCUCGACGCGAAGCGCGACUGGGGCCACGCGCGCGACUACGUCGAGGGCAUGUGGCUCAUGGUCCAGCGCGACGUGCCCGACGACUACGUCCUCGCGACGGGCGAGUGCCACAGCGUCCGCGAGUUCGUCGAGGUGAGCUUCGAGCACGUCGGCAUCAAGGUCAAGUGGACCGGCGAGCCGGGCACCGCGGAGGAGGUCGGCGUCGACGCGGCCGACGAGAGCCACGAGCUCGUCAAGGUCGACCCCAAGUACUACCGCCCGACGGAGGUCGACCUCCUCGUCGGCGACGCCGCCAAGGCGCGCCGCGACCUCGGCUGGAAGCCCAAGAUCACCUUCAAGAAGCUCGCCACGGAGAUGGUCGACGCGGACAUGGCCGAGCUCAAGGCCGAGCUCGCGUCCACGCGCCAGUGA